UGGGUUCCAUUCGAUCGGGCGAAUCUUUACAGUUUAGAUCAACACUUUGAGUUUUUUAACGAAAGAUUUGUGUCUUAACCAUUUUCUUGUUUUUAAUUUAAAAAUUUCUUAAUUUUGUUUGGGAGAAAUGAAAAAAUUUGCUUUAUCGAAAGUAUUGAAAAAAAUGCGUGUUAAAUUCUCAAUUGAUUACUAUACUCAAUAUUUAUUCAAAAUAACUUAUUCAAAUUUAUAAAUACAGUGAAAAAGUGAUUAAUAAAUCAUUAUGGCCGAUAUUCUUGGUGUUGGUUUGAUUACAUCAGCCGAUCAAGGCCAAAAAAUUGUCUUAGGGAUGACCGUCGAAGAUAUUGGUUCAUCGAUGAAAAAAUUCGGUUGGCCGGAUUACGUAGUUUUCUUUAUAAUGUUGUUUUUGUGCGUCAUAGUCGGUGUUUAUUACGGAUUUUUUAAAAAAAUGAAAUCAACCCAAGAUUAUUUAGUUGGUGGUAGAGAAAUGAAAGUUUUCCCCAUUUCUAUGUCAUUAAUAGCAAGUUUUAUAAGUGGUAUUUCUUUAUUGGGAAUUCCAACCGAAAUUUAUGUUUAUGGAAUACAAUAUAUUUAUAUUGGAUUCGGAAUCAUUAUAAUGGGGGUUAUUACUCAUGUUAUUUAUCUUCCAGUUUUUCAUAAUUUAAAAAUUACAUCAACUUAUGAGUAUUUACACCGAAGAUUUGAUAGCAAAGUUAGACUUCUUGCAUCUGUGUUAUUCAUGAUUAAUCUGUUCACUUGGUUACCCAUUGUAAUUUAUGUCCCAGCCUUGGCAUUCAAUCAAGUUACUGGAAUCAACAUCCAUUGGAUAACCUCAGCUGUUUGUAUAAUUUGCAUUUUUUACACAUCUUUGGGUGGAAUAAAAGCGGUUGUACUAACCGAUGUAAUACAAACUUUAGUGAUGAUUGGAGCUAUGCUUUUGGUGGCUAUAAAAGGUACAUUAGAUAUUGGUGGUAUCGGAGUGGUUUGGAAUAGGAAUUUGGAAAGUGGAAGAAUAGAAGGGCCUAAUUUCGACCCGAACCCUCUUUCAAGACACACGAUUUGGUCGUUAGGAAUUGGAGGAUUUAUUUACAUGCUUCAAACGAGCACGGUUAAUCAAAGCAUGAUACAAAGAUAUUUAUCUUUACCCACAUUAAAAACUGCAAACAAAUCUUUAUGGUUAUUCAUUUUUGGAAUGUAUUUGGUUGUUUGUCUUUGUGCUUAUUGCGGAAUGUUGGUUUAUGCAACUUAUCAUCAAUGUGAUCCAUUAACAACAAUGUUAGCAAAAGAAAAAGAUCAAUUAUUACCGAUUUUAGUUAUGGAAGUGCUGGGUAAAUUUCCGGGUUUACCUGGAUUAUUUGUUGCUGGAAUUUUUAGCGCAGCUUUGAGCUCCUUAUCAACGGGAUUAAAUUCAAUGGCCGCUGUUAUCUUAGAAGACGUUUACAAAACAUUUUUUAGGAAAGAGCUAACUCAAAAUCAUACUUAUAUUCUUAUGAAAGGAACCGUGAUUAUAAUGGGAAUAAUUUGUGUUGGGUUAGUUUUUGUAGUUGAAAAAUUAGGAGCUGUUUUACAAUUAACAAUGAGUAUAAAUUCAAUAGCAGCAGGCCCAUCUUUAGCGUUAUUUACAAUGGGAAUUUUAAUACCAUGGAUUAAUGCGAAAGGAGCUUUUAUUGGAAGUGCAACAAGCUUGGUGAUAAUGUCGUGGAUUAUCGUAAAGUAUCAAACAACCAUAGUAUCAGGAAAUUUGUUCUUCCCAGAAAAACCAACGAGUACUGACGGUUGCACUUAUCAUUUUACACCAAAGUUGCAUCCCUCAAUUAAUUUAAGACUAAAUCCAUCUUUAAAUACAACAGAUGUCAUCCAUACUGACGAAAUCUUUAUGCUUUACCGAUUAUCGUACCUUUGGUACACAUUAAUCGGUUGCGUUAUAAGUAUUUUAAUUGGAGGAAUCGUGAGUUUUUUUACUAAAUUCAACGACGCCCGAGAUAUCGAUUCAAUGUUGAUCGCUCCUUUUUAUAAGAAACUGAUUAAACCCAGAGAAUACCCCAACGAACCUAAAAGUAACGAAAUUAUUUUUGCUUACGAUACAAAGAUUAGAAGUAAUAUAAAUGAUCUCGAUAAUGAAUCACAUAACGUUUAAAAUCUAUGAUGAAUCAUAAUAUAAUCUAUUUAAGUUAGUUAUUGUGAAUAUAAUAAAGUUAAAUAAUAAAUAUGUUUAAUAGCUCUUAAA